UGUCACUUUGACACCAUCUACUAGUUCCAUGUGCUUCAUCCAAAAUAAAACAUUUCUCUACUAAAAAUUAUUAAUCCUUGAAUAUUAUCCUUUUAAACCAAAAACUAUAAAUUAACAAUAAAAUUAAAAACAAUGACAAGAGAUAAAGCACAUAUAGAAGACUUAAUAACACGCUCCCAGCACAAAUCUACACCUGUCUUAUUAAAAUUUCAAAACGGUGACCUUCGUAAUACUCACAAAGAUGCAACCCUCUAUUUCCAAGCAAAACAUGAAUCAGACAAAACGAAAAAACAUGCAAUUGUUGUAACUAGCGGCAAUGUUUAUGCCGGACCUGUUUCCAAUGGUUCUCAAGAUCUUGUCGACACAUACAUUUGUGUGCGCAAUAAAGAAACAAAUAAGGUUCGCAUUAUGCCAAUUGACCAAGUCAAACUUAUUAACUCUGUCUACGAGGAAAAAGAAAAAGCCCAAUUCGCUUUGCUCUCCAAAGAAGCUGGCUAUGGAAAAGCUAUUCAAAACUUUGGUGGCCGUCGAGAUAUGCGUAGUUUAAAUCAACGUGAACGCAAUAAGGUCAACAUUGAUGUGUUUGUUGAUCAAUUAGAGACGACUGUUGAGAAUUCUGCGGCGGUAACAGAAACUCCUGAGGAAGUUGUUUCCACUGAAGAUAUUAUCGAUCGCAUUCGACCGAAAUUCAACAAAGAUGCGACGGCUUUGAGUAUGGUCUUUAACGUUUACGAUGUCAUUCCUUUGGAAUUGAUGGAUCGUCUCGAUGAAGAAGUUUCAGUUAUUUUCAAUACUGACAUUGACGAUAUUCCAAUAUCGUCUGAUUACUUGAAAAAUGCAAUAAUUGCUUUGAGGAAAGGACCACAAUCAAGUCAGACACUUGUAAAAAUGAAAAUCAUCCUCUACAUGGAUGGACUAAUGGCACUCAUUAAGACAAGAGUCAAGAACUUGGCUAAAUUAGAAUUAUCCAAAAUCACUGAAAAAGUCGAAAAUGAUAUCCGUGAAAGGUUUUCUUGUGAAAAUUCUUUUCAAAAAAGACGAACGUAUACUUCGGGUGAAAAAGCACUAUGCUACUUCUUGGUAUUGGCAUUCCUGCUUAGCGAUGAUUAUGAAGUGAGUCUGGUUACAUUAGCAACAGAAUUGAGUUUGCCAAAAACCAAAAUAGUCAAAUAUGGAAAUUUGGUUAAUGCUUUUCAUAAACCAAAAAGCAAUUCAUUGGUACUGAGACUACCAAGCACUAUUAAACCUCAGAGUUUUGCUUUUGUUGGCAAAAAUAAAAGACAAAGAAAAUAAAAAAUAUAUUUUGUACUGGA